CACCACCGCACCACCACCACUCCACCAAAACCCUAGCGGGCGAGCGAGGGAGAGAGAGAGACCGCCCCGCCCGACCUCGCCGAUGGAGAGAUCCCGCCGCCUGCUGCUGGUGGCGGGCCUGCUCGCGGCGCUGCUCCCGGCGGCGGCCGCCGCGUUCGGGCCGCAGCCGGGGGCGCCGUGCGAGCCCACGCUGCUGGCGCCGCAGGUCGCGCUCUUCUGCGCGCCCGACUUCCCGACCGCGCAGUGCUGCGAGCUCGGCGUCCCGGUCGUCGACCUCAGCGCCUCCGUCCCCUGCGUCUGCCGCGUCCCCGCGGAGCCGCAGCUCGUCAUGGCGGGCCUCAACGCCACCCACAUCGCGCUCUACAGCUCCGGUCUCCGUCCAGGCGGCGCCCACCUCGCCGCCGCCUGCGAAGCACAUCCUCCCCCGGCCGCUGUCGUCAGCAGCCCCCUACCCACGCACCCGUCGCCUGCUACACGUCGCCGCAAGGACGCGCGGCCUCCUCAGCAGCAAUACUGCGCUGCUUCAUCUCCAGACACCACAUGCGGUGUGGUUCGUCCGGGCGCGCACCUCGCCUUCGCUUGCAAAGUCGUGGGACACACUCCCCAGCUGGGCGUCGUCUUCAGCAGCUUCCCACGCCCCUCCCCACCUCGACGCAAGCUUCAAGAGCUGAAGUGUGAUCCGUAUUCCCUUGGAAGCAGCCUGGUCUCAGCAUGCGGGGAUGACCAGCAUCCAUCGCUGCCAUGCUGCGAGUACAUCGUUAACACAGUCGACGAGGACUGUGUUUGCGACACCAUUGAGGUUCCUGAGGUGAUGGGUGCGGGUAUUGGGGUCUCGAGGAUAUGGACGUUUUACCGUAUCUGUGGAGGCACCAAGCCUGUUCCCGCCGAUACGACAGUAUGCCGUGAGCAGUCCCCACCCCCUCCUCCUCCGACGAGUCCACCGCCUCCGCCACCAUCCCAGGGACCCCCAGCCACCACGGAUGACCAAGUAUAUGGACAAGAUCACUCAUACGCUGACUGAGUCCAUGGUUAGUUCUUAUGCCAUGGGGGGUUUGCUGGUCGUGUCUGUUGGCACUGGCAUCGCCGUGUGGGUUUGGAAACAGUACUCAGAUAAGCACAGGGAGCCGGGGCAGCAUCCUCACGGAGAGGUGGAGAUGCCGCCACUACAUGCCGGACUACGUGGAGAUGCCGCCUUUAUCAUUGGCACAGCAGCUGCACGUCUGCGGAGGUCAGUGACAUCAGCGCCAUCCACUGUUUCGA